CACCCCGGGCGACCCCGGAAGUGGGUUGGGGGCUUGGCCUCUGCCCGGCCUCAGAGCCGGAGCCGGAGGUGUUACUCCACAGGGGUCGCGCCGAGCUAUCCCGUUGGGCGGCGUAUCCCGGGCAGGGCCCGGGCCAAGGGUCCAGGAUGCUGAACGUCCCUUCCCAGUCUUUCCCGGGCUCCAGCUCGCAGCAGCGCGUCUCCUCCGGGGGGCGUAGCAAGGUCCCUCUGAAACAGGGCAGAAGUCUUAUGGAUUGGAUUCGACUGACCAAAAGUGGAAAGGACCUAACAGGAUUAAAAGGAAGAUUAAUUGAAGUAACUGAAGAAGAACUUAAAAAACACAACAAAAAAGAUGAUUGUUGGAUAUGCAUAAGAGGCUUUGUUUAUAACGUCAGCCCGUAUAUGGAGUAUCAUCCUGGUGGAGAAGAGGAACUUAUGAGAGGAGCAGGAUCGGAUGGUACUGACCUCUUUGAUCAGGUUCAUCGUUGGGUCAACUAUGAAUCCAUGCUGAAAGAAUGCCUGGUUGGCAGGAUGGCCGUUAAACCUGCUUUUCCUAAAGACUAUCAUGAGGAAAAGAAACUCUUAAACGGCAUGCUUCCCAAGAGCCAAGUGACAGAUCCACUUGCCAAAGAAGGGCCUAGUUCUCCAAGCUAUGACUGGUUCCAAACAGACGCUUUAGUCACCAUUGUCAUAUAUACCAAACAGAAGGAUAUCAAUUUAGACUCAGUAAUAGCUGAUCACCGGCAUGAUUCCUUUAGAGCAGAAACAGUUAUCAAGGAUUAUUCAUAUCUUAUACAUAUUGCCCUAAGUCAUGAGAUUCAGGAAGAUUUUUCUGUGCGAGUUGUUGAGAAUGUGGGAAAAAUAGAGAUUGUCCUGAAGAAAAAAGAGAAUACUUCUUGGAAAUGCCUUGGUCAUCCCCUGGAGAAUCAUAAUUCACUUAUUCCAAAGAAAGAUACAGGUUUGUACUACAGAAAGUGCCAGUUAAUUUCCAAGGAAGAUGUGACUCAUGAUACGAAGCUUUUCUGCUUGCUGCUGCCACCAAGCACACAUCUUCAGGUGCCAACGGGGCAACAUGUUUACUUCAAGCUAACUAUUACAGGUACUGAAAUUGUGAAGCCAUAUACACCUGUAUCUGAUUCCUUAUUCUCAGAGUUCAAGGAACCAGUUCUUCCCAACAAUAAAUACAUCUACUUUUUGAUCAAAAUCUACCCUGCUGGACUCUUCACACCAGAGCUUGAUCAUCUUCAGAUUGGAGAUUAUGUUUCUGUAAGCAAUCCCGAGGGCAAUUUUAAAAUAUCCCAGUUCCAAGAAUUGGAAGAUCUCUUUUUAUUGGCAGCGGGAACAGGCUUCACACCAAUGGUUAAAGUACUGAGUUAUGCCUUGACUAAUAUACCCAGUCUCAGGAAAGUGAAGCUGAUGUUCUUCAAUAAAACAGAGGAUGACAUAAUUUGGAGAAGCCAAUUGGAGAAAUUAGCAUUUAAGGAUAAAAGAUUUGACCUUGAAUUUGUUCUCUCAGCACCUACUUCUGAAUGGAACGGCAAACGGGGAUACAUUUCACCAGCUCUGCUUUCUGAAUUUUUGAAAAGAAGUUUAGACACGUCCAAAGUCCUCAUCUGCAUUUGUGGACCAAUGCCAUUUACAGAACAAGGAAUGAAGUUGCUGCAUGAUUUGAACUUUUCCAAAGAUGAGAUUCAUAGUUUUACAGCGUAAUGAAGAGGUGUCAUUCAACUGUUUUAGCUAAAUUUGUGAUUACUUAGGGUUUUUUAAAAGAACAUUUUUGUAUAUAGGUUAACUAGAAUCCAGGUUUUAGUUUCUUAAAUGAAAUCAAAUGUUUCUUCACUAUAGAUACCUUGUUGACUUUAUUUUGUACCAUAACUUAUUUUACUACUGAUAUUUGUCCUGGAAGGUCAGUCAUGGCAACAAGUAUAUACAGGAUUCUUUGUUAUGAAUCACAAAGUUCCUUACCAUUUAAACUGUAUCACUGUUCUACGAUAAGCUCUUGUGUUUUAUGACAUGAUAAAGCAAAUGAUCAUUUUGAUCACAUUUCUAUGCUGUAAGAUGUCUGAUUAGCAAUACAGAUUAAAUUUUACAUUGCACUGUAAACUCAGGAAAUGAUCAUUUAUGUCCUUGUUCUUACUAUGAAAACAUGGAGUGUUAUAACUUAUUAAGUGAUCCAAACAUUUUGUGUGUCUAUGGCCUUGAUACAGAGUAGAAUAAAAAAUAUUCUUAAGUACUUUUUAA